GGGCUAUUGAUGGUUGUUUGUAAGUAGAACUAUUAAUGUCAGAACGCUAGCCAGAGUGCCAAGGCAAGGUCAAGACUGUUGUGCACUUUGGGGCAACCAGUGGAACAUUGGUGUCCUAUGAUGCCCUAGUGACGUGUCCUGUGAUGCUCCGAGUCCCCAGUGUCGGUUGUCUUGUACUUAUUCUAGUACGCAGCACAUCUGUCUUAUAUAGUACCUUCAAAGUAAUGCACUCUCCUUUUGAAUACUAUACUAAGAGUACAGUUGUGUUAACUUGUGCAUCACUCAACGACUUGACAGUGAUGGCAUCAUUAACAUUGUUCGAAUUCACUGGCAGAGUGCGCCAAGGAGAGAACAGGUGAAAGCACUCCAACGGAGCAAGAGACAUCAAGCUAGGGGCAAUGGCUGGGAAACGCCACAAGCUACUAACGAACAACUCAUCGUCAGUGU